CCUGCCAGGGCAGCGUGCUAGGAAUCAAAUCAUCAGCAACCACCCCCAGCCGCUGAGCUCCCAUUCGGCGCUUGCAUCGCCCGCCCCCGGCUCCCUUAGGCAGCGCGGGCCGAGCCGGCUGCGGGCGGAGCUGGCCGCCAGUUCGCGCUCUGCCUCGGGCAAGUCCAGACGUGCCCGGUCCACUGCCGUGCCCGGGCAAUGAACUAACUUGUGGAAACACGCCAGGCAUCCUCGCCGCUGAUUGGCUGAAGGCCCAGGGGGGCGGGAGGAAUUCCCUUUUCCUUUCCCUACCUCAGCACCGGGUAGGAAAUCCCCGCAACCCCGUGUCUCCCUUUAUCGCGCAGCGGCGAGUCGCGGGCAGCCAGAGGCGUUUAGGCGGGCGAGAGGAGAGCGUCGCUCAGCACCGUCCUGCUCCUGACACGGUCCCCAGGCAGCCUGGUCUGAUCUCCCCGCGGCUGCAGACCGCCGGCGAACGACGCGAAAUGAUGCCGGGAAAGACCCUGCGCAAGGGUGCGCAGCAGAGCCCCGCUCCCGCAGCACAGGAAGCUGUGAUGCAGUGCUCUUCGCAACUACGCAAAAUAGGAGAUAUAUGCAACCUGCAGCAGAAGAUUCUUAAUGUUAUCACAAAACUGUUCUGCCCAGGAACGUGAAAACUCUUUGGGAGAUGUCAAAAAGAAAAGGAAGGAAGAAAACAAUGGUUUUGGAAAAUAUGGUCUUUACAAGCUUGUAAUAAGAUGAGGAGAUGGAAUGAGCUCUAUGCAUUACUUACUGCUGCCUAUUCCCACUGAAGGAAGGCUGUUGAAAUAUGAUUUUUCUGGAGAGCUGGACAUAUGUAUUGGCUGGUGGAUGUCAGUAUGGGAGAAAAAUUACAAUUAACCAUUCCAAAGAUUGACCUGUGGAGUGACUUGGAAGAGCAAGGAACCUGGGGUUCUGUUCUGGUUCAUGAGUUGCAGCUAGUUCUAUGUCACUUUGAGCAACAGGCAGAAGAUGCCAGUUACCUCCAAACAUUGGAUUGGAAUGUACAACGAAAACCAGUUUCUAAGUUCUUGAUUGUUUUUGUUUUCUAAAAUGCAGACUCUAUAGUAUAAAAUCUGGUGUGGAACAUUUUUUUUUUAUUGUUAUUAUUUUUUGGUUGUAGCACAUUUACUGUCAGUGAUGUUACUUCUUAUGCAGAUGUUUCUCUAAGGAAUAACAUUGUAAUUCUCUUAAUUAUGAGGCUGCUGUAAGGAUCUAGGAUGUAUAUAUGUGUAUGAAAAGAGUAUUUAAUGGUUCUUAAAGAGCUGACUUAUGGCUUAUGCACCAGAAAUAGUGCUGAUAACUAUUCAAACGGUACCAUAAAGAAUGCAUUAAAACAGAUUAAAGGAAGCACAGUAGCUUCUGGUGAUUAAGAAAGAAUAAGAAAUAUGAAUAAGAAAAAUGCAUACAUUAAAGCAUGUAUUACCUAGCAAAAUAAGAUUAUUGAUAGGUGUGUGAGUUUGGGGGAGAUUCCUUCACAGCAUUAAAAGGAAUAUUCAAACAGAAUAAGCUACUGGUGUGAUUUAAUUUUAUUAUGAGGUAAUAAAAUUACUCUCAAAACAAAUAGAAAGUUAAAGUAAAAUGGAAUCAGUGGGUUUUCUGGAGAAAAAACAUGAAUGAUUUUUCAAAUAAAGUAACUGCUUAGAUUAAGAGAUAUGUCAAUAAAACUGAAUGUUACAGUUGUUACAGGAAAGUAAUGUAUUGCUUCUAAAUGAAAGCUGAGAUGUUGACUGGAAAUAAAGGAUAAGAAAAAACCUCA